GAAGGGAGCUUCAAGCAUUGAUCAACAUUUCUAUUCAGCACCAUUUGAGAAGAACAUACCUGUACGUGUCCCAAGAACAUGAUCUCUAGAAGUUGUAAUUAAUGUUACAUGCUGGAUGUGCCAGAAGAUGAUCCACCCAUGGCUUUUACCUAUUUCUAAGUUAUUACACUGGCAUGGCUUCAGAAACAGACCAAUGCACACAAGGAACCUUAUCAGAGAUAAUGACUAGGCCCAUCGUGUGCUUUUUUUCCUUUUUCACUUUCAUGCAUUGGCUGUUUGUCUGGGUCUCCCAUGUGGAUCCAUUGAAUACCAGGUUUCAUGGUAGACCUCUAAUAUGCCUUCAGGCAAUCUUACCAUACUCCCAAGCCCUGGAGAAGUUUGCCCCACAUAUCCAACAGGUUAGCAUGAAGAGUAAUGGAAAGGGUGUCUCAAUUGAUGGUGUGCCACUUCCACUUGGGGCUGGUGAAAUUGAUUUUGGUGAGCCAGGAACAAAUGGUCAGCACAGCUUUUACCAACCAAUUCACCAGGUAAUUUGCUUUUCUGUUGUAUUGAGUAAAGUAGUUAACUGUGUAUCCUUGAAGCUGCUCCGGGACUGCCAAUUUCAGUUGUGUUUGAUACAGGAAUUCUUGUAACCCUGGUACAUUUGCUCAACUAAUGGGAGACCCCAAUGAGUGGGAGGAUGGUCUGCAUGGUUCAUGGGUGUGCUAUCUCUUAAAAUGUGAUCAUAUGUGGGCCUAUUUGAAUUUGAGUUAGAUCCUACCCAAAUCCUGAUGGAUUUAGCUUUGCUAGGCUGGUAUUUUUAUCAUCAGGAAAAUGGUAAUAUCAUCAACAGUUUACCAAAGAGUAUAAUCAAUUCGUAUCAAAAA